GUAAGUAUCUUGGCGAUAGUAGAGGCUCAGACUCCAGGUCUCACCGUCGCAUAAUUCACCUAAAGCGUAUCAACGACACUGACCUAAAUGAAAAGAGAAAUGUACACACCAGCGAUAUCAUUUCGCGGGGUGCAUGUAAAGCGUCUCCUAGCACUUGUUAUAUGCGGCGUGGUCUUAAUUUGGAUAGUAGGUCGCUCACGAAGCAAGUCGCCAUCGGCAUCGGAGAAGUCUAUUGGGACCGAUCUACUAGCAAACGGAAAAGACAGAUUCGUUUUCAACAUGGAUAGCAAGCGUCGAGGCUUGACUGACGGUACCAGUUUGAGUUUUAGCAAAGGACAUUUUGUUCUUGAUGGAAAAACUAUAAAGAUUUUAAGCGGAGCGAUGCAUUAUUUCCGUGUUGUCCCGGAAUACUGGAAGGACAGAAUGGAAAAGAUGAAGUCCUGUGGCUUGAACACACUAGAAACAUAUGUGUCCUGGAACCUGCAUGAACCAACUCCUGGAGUAUUUGACUUUGAAGGCAUGCUCGAUGUCCGAAAGUACAUCCAACUGGCCCAAGAGGUCGGGCUCCAUGUCAUCUUUCGCCCGGGACCCUAUAUAUGCUCUGAGUGGGACUUCGGAGGACUCCCCAGCUGGCUCCUGGCAGACCCCAACAUGAAGGUGCGCUCCAACUACCCCCCUUACCAGAAGGCAGCCGACAGAUUCUUCAGUAAAGUGCUCCCCCUAGUCAACGAUCUACAGUAUUCCCAGGGUGGGCCUAUCAUCGCUGUACAGGUGGAGAAUGAGUUUGGCUCCUACAGCAGUGAGAUCGAACAUCUGGACUUCCUCCGAGGGCUGCUCAGGCAUUACGGCAUCACUGAACUCCUUGUCACCUCUGACAAUCUCUCUGGUAUGAAAAGGGGGCCAUUCCAUGAACAUGCUCUGCCGACGGCAAACUUCCAGGACUAUGAGAAGAGCAGUAAAGAGUUCAACGAAAUCCGAAAACUGAACCCAGAAUUUCCCCUGAUGGUGAUGGAGUACUGGAGCGGCUGGUUCGACCACUGGGGUGCCAAGCACUCAACAUUCCCCCUUGAAGAUUUUGCCAAGAGUCUAUCUGGAAUUUUUCACAAUGAUUCUUCCAUCAACUUCUACAUGUUUCAUGGCGGCACCAACUUCGGUUUUAUGGCUGGCGCCAAUUAUUUUGAAGACUACAAGCCAGAUGUUACCAGCUAUGACUAUGAUGCUCCCCUGGACGAGGCUGGAAAUAUAACUCCCAAGUACGAAAAGGCGAGAGAGAUUAUCAUGGAGUAUGUCUUGAAAAAACAAGGAAUCACCAGUCUCCCAGAGCCCCCACCAAACAGCGCCAAGGCAGAUUAUGGUCACCUGGCCAUGGAUAGUUAUCUCUCCUGGGAUGCAAUGAUAAGCCUGAUGGAGACAUCACUGGCGUUGAAAACCCCAGACUAUAUGGAGAACAUCAAGCUGAUCACUGGUGUGGGGCAGAGCUACGGCUACAUUGUCUACAGGAAGACCCUCAACAAGGCGGGCUCACUGCUCAAACUGCCUGGACACGUCUCAGACAGGGCACAGAUUUUGCUGGACUCCAAGGAGACAGCCAUAUUGGACUGGCACAAUAAGGACCCUGAGGUCCCCCUGGAGGAUGUCAAGGCAAACACUGUACUGGACAUUGUUGUGGAAAACCUGGGGCGAGUUAAUUACAUACUGGCUGGGUCAGAGAUCCUUAACACACAGCGCAAAGGACUGAGGGGGGACGUCUACCUGGAUGAAAGGAAGCUGGAAAAUUGGAAAAUCUUCCCCUGAGUAAUUUAGCAAGUUUAACAGAGACAGGUUGACAGGUUGUCAAGGUCGAGUGAGUGGAAGACGUUCGAGGUGCAGGUCAACACGCCCUGCAUGUACAGGGCUGAGCUGAAAAUUACUGAUGAGCCGAAGGACACCUAUAUCUUACUGAAGGGCUGGAAGAAGGGCGUGGUGUUCAUCAACGGCUUCAACCUCGGACGGUACUGGAACAUUGGACCCCAGAAGACUCUGUAUGUGCCAGCGCCCUUACUAAAGACUGGAACAAACCAGGUCAUGAUCUUCGAGCUGCACAAGCCAGCACCUGAGAUCACCUUCCAGAGUGCACCGGACCUCGGUUGAGGAGAUCGCAACAUCUUCAACAGUUCUACCAUCUAAGGGUUCUCCCAUCUAGGUCAAUAUGUGACAGGACAAGCCACAAGAUUUGAGAGCUGGCUACUAGCUUGGACUUGGCCAAGCCACAAGAUUUGAGGGCUAGCUACUAGCUUGGACUUGGCCAAGCCACAAGAUUUGAGAGCUGGCUACUAGCUUGGACUUGGCCAAGCCACAAAAUUUGAGAGCUGGCUACUAGCUUGGACUUGGCCAAGCCACAGGACCCUCUGGGUAUUUAAGCUGGGGUAACAUUAUCCUCAAGGUGUGGGGGUAUUCUGGUUGGUAGUAGAAGGGUGAAGGCCCCCAACUAUGUCAGCUUCUCUGUGAUAAUCUUCUUGGGACAUUGUGUUAUACAAGGGAACAAUUUCAGGGCACCUGCUUCAUGGAUGAUGGAAUGCUUGGAUCUUGUAAAAUAUAUGUAAUUAAUUGAAAUCUGAGCAACAGCAAUCAUUCAUUACUACAGGAGCAUUAUGGGUAGGAUGUUUGUCGUUUACUCUGAUACUAUACCUAGAGACGUGAGGUAACCGAGUGGUUAAAGCAUUAGCCUGUCAUGCAGAAGACAUGGGUUUGAUUCCCUACAUGAGUACAAUGUGUGAAGCCCAUUUCUUGUGUUGCCCUCUGUGAUAUGACUUGAUAUUCUAUAAUUACAGUAUUUAUUCAAGUCAGUGCCUAGUUUCCAUGAACAAUUAUUACAUUUCUAGGAACAAAAUUAUGCAACCAGUUAUAAUCUGUGAUAGUAUAUAUAUUUCAUGAUAAACUAUCACUUGUAUGAAACACAACCGGAGUUAUAAACUGAUGCUUAUGUUAAACCCAAUCGAUAGGUAUGAACAAUUGCUAAUGUCGAAAAUAUUUAGAUAGAAACAUUGUGUAUAGCAGAAACAAAUAGUAGAUGUAGACAAUUGCUUAUAUCAAAGACAAUUGGUUGAUGUAGACAAUUGCUUAUAUCAAAGACAAUUAGUAGAUGUAGACAAUUGCUUAUAUCAAAGACAAUUGGUAGAUGUAGACAAAUGCUUAUAUCAAAGACAAUUAGUUGAUGUAGACAGUUCUUAUAUCAAAGACAAAUGGUUGAUGUAGACAAUUGCUUAUAUCAAAGACAAUUGGUUGAUGAAGACAUUUGCUUAUAUCAAAGACAAUUGGUUGAUGUAGACAAUUGCUUAUAUCAAAGACAAUUGAUUGAUUUAGACAGUUGCUUAUAUCAAAGACAAUUGGUUGAUGUAGACAAUUGCUUAUAUCAAAGACAAUUGGUUGAUGAAGACAAUUGCUUAUAUCAAAGACAAUUGGUUGAUGUAGACAAUUGCUUAUAUCAAAGACAAUUGGUUGAUGUAGACAAUUGCUUAUAUCAAAGACAAUUGGUUGAUGAAGAUAAUUGCUUAUAUCAAAGACAAUUGGUUGAUGUAGACAAUUGCUUAUAUCAAAGACAAUUGAUUGAUUUAGACAAUUGCUUAUAUCAAAGACAAUUGGUUGAUGUAGACAAUUGCUUAUAUCAAAGACAAUUGGUUGAUGUAGACAAUUGCUUAUAUCAAAGACAAUUGGUUGAUGAAGACAAUUGCUUAUAUCAAAGACAAUUGAUUGAUUUAGACAAUUGCUUAUAUCAAAGACAAUUGGUUGAUGUAGACAAUUGCUAUUAGUGAAAACAACUAAGACAGAAAUGUGAAAC